AUGACCACGGCACCUCAACGCUCAGACCUCUUCCCGACGACGUCAACAGCCGUGCCGCUACCUGCCGCCGGGUCAGAUCGCAAGACCAGCCUCCCGGGCGGGAAACUGUCGACAACCGGACUUUGGAGAACUCGGGGCAGCCACGUGCGCAUACCACCGUGCACCUCCCGCGCGCUUAUCGAGGAAGCCAGGAAGACCGGACCCCGCCAAUGUUUCGUCAGGGCCGCACCGGCACCAAGAAGGGACGCCCCGGUAAUAGGGGUACGCGUGCAGCGGUCAUCCGCCACCAACGCCAGGAAGCUCGCGGCGCUCAUGGCCGAACCACCGUUGCCAGGCAAUGCGCCGCGACAAUCAACACGACCGACGGGGAAGACGGCAAGAGCCUCGGUGAACCCUCCGCCGCCCACCAGCGCUCCGGCCGCAUCGACAACCACCACGACCCACCGCACUCCAUCUCAGCGGCCAACGACGCCCAAAGGCCCGCCGCACGCACCGAGGCCGACAGGGCACCAGGCCGCCCGCGCGAGUACCAGGGAGAGUUUGCUGGCGAUCUUCGGGGACGCACUCUCCGACCUGGACGAAGACAGCACUCCAACACCUGAGCCGCGCCGAUCGCAGGGGGUCAAACCAGCCGACACCAUCAUAGCUGGCGUAUCAUCGGCCGACGCACCGAUGCUCUCCGUCGAAGCCGCAGAACAGACGGCUUCACGGCCGGUCAACACGGUCCAACCCCCCUCCGCCGCUGUCACCGUCACCACUGAUACACCAGGCCAGCAUGAGACACCGGCCGAAUCUGCCAGCAACGCCGCAACCACCUCACCAGGAAGCGUGACUCGACCAGAGGAGCCUCCAGCUGCCUCCACACGAGGGACUCUUCCAUCGGUGCCGGUGCGCGUCAGUGAUGACCUCUUGAUACACGUGCCGUACCACGCCGCGAGAGUGUCGCGAGUAUAUAAAGUGCGGUUGGCGACACGCCGCUACACGUUGCGUUUCGAUCGCGCCGGGCGUUGCCACUACGUGCGGGAAUUCCCGGCGUAG